AUGGUUUUAUUGAUCGGGGAAAUAGGCAUAGAGAUAAGUGAUAAAUAGGUAAGGCUCGCGACUCUUCUUCAUCUUCAUCGUCAUCGUCUAGACUAAGACGCAGAAGAGGCAUGGCAAUGUCGAGCGGUGGUGUUGGCCUUCUGGGCUCUGCAGCUGCCCUCUUGGGUAGUCCUGUAGCUGGGACGUCGAUGCGUGGUCAUACAAAUGUCGCCAUGUGGAGUUGUCCUCUUCCUCCUUCUUUUCACCAUUGCGGCCUCCGAAAGCACUCCUCUUCUCUAUCUUCUCCUCCACCUUCUCCUCCUUUUGUGAUGGCCGUGGCCGCUACCGACUCCUCCAAUCAGGUCAGCCCGACCCAGCAGCCGUCCGACUCUAAGAGCAGCAAGUACCACUUCGGGGUUGCGAAUGCCAAAUUCAUGCUGGAGGAGGAGGAGCACUUCCAGGAGCUUCUCUUCGAGCGCCUCCGCAACUACGGCGACCGCAACAAAGAGCAGGACUUCUGGCUUGUCAUCGAGCCCAAGUUCCUCGACAACUUCCCCAAUAUCACCAAGCGACUGCGCCGGCCCGCUGUCGCUCGUCUCCACCAACGCUACCUGGAUCACGUGAGCGCAUUUUCUACUUUGAAUUGCGAAACUCAUGCCUUUCUGGGAUUUUGCCUUGUGAUGUUGUCGCGACCUACAAUUAGAAAACCUUAG